AUGGAAUCCGCUUUAGCUCCAGCACCGUCCUCAACACCGAAACCGCUUCCCAUCAUUCAUCUGAACGGCUUCCCAGGCACCGGCAAGCUUACCAUCGCGCGCGCCUUGCAGCAGCAAAUCGGGGCAUGUUGCCGGCUGGUACACAACCACCUGCUCAUUAACCCCGCCGAUGCGGUGCUACAUCGCUCCGAGGCCGGCUACCAAGACCUCCGGCGCGCCAUCCGCGGGGCGAUAUUCGCGUCGCUAGCCCAUAGCCCGGCAAGCCACCGCUUCGCGUACGUCUUUACCGACUUCCAGUCCACCGACUCAAUCGGUAGCGCCGUGUGCGCUGAGUACCUGGCGGCGGCGCGUGCCCGUGGCGCAGCGCUAGUGUCUGUCGUCGUGCACUGCGACGAGGCGACCAACCUGGCGAGGUUACAGGCCGGAGACCGCGAGGCACAUCAUAAGAUCAUUGAUCCAGAUCUAUUGCUCAUGUUUCGCAGGGGCACUCAGAUUCACCGAUUCGACGAGCCGGGAGUGAUGAGCUUAGACAUAGAUGUGGCCAAUUUGAGCGCGGUCGAGGCGGCGAAGGGUAUUCUAGAACAUUUACUAAGAGUCUGCCCUGAGUUGGAGGAUGAAAUUACAGUAGCCAAAGAUUGCUAA